UCGGUGUCCGCUCGGCGCAGCGGGGCUCCGCUCCUCGGCAGACUCACAGCGCCGGGAUGGGAUGCGCCUCGUCGGCUUUGUGCGGCUCGAUCCCUCCCGAUUUCCAUCUGAAAAACACGGAUCCCAUUCACGAGGAGGGAUCGAGUUGCGCGGGUCUGGUGCACGAGGGGGGACAGACUGCAGCCCGAGCGAGCAGAAAGUGAAUUUGGAGAUACUUUGCUGUAAAAGCUCGGAUUUGAGUCAUCGCUGUUUGAGGCUUCUUUGUGUUGCCGGGAGAAAUUCGCAGCGCACUUUCUUCCAUUUGGGUCGCGCGUUUGAAAGGAAAGAUCUCCCAGGCCUCCAAGAUAGAUUCCCUCAGGAGUAAAGUGGACUUGCUCCGCCUCCCUUUGGCCCUCUCCUCCAAGUCCAUCAGCCACCGCAAGAGCCAGCUGGGUGUGGCCGGGGAGAAGGGCGGCGGCGGCGGCGGUACGGGGGCGGGAGUGGCCUGGAAACUCCGCCUACCGCCGGCCUCCGACAUGGACAACGAGUCGACGUACUCGGGCUACUCGUACAAGUCGUCCCACUCACGCAGCUCCCGCAAACACAGGGAGAGGAGGGACAGGCACCGCUCCAAGAGUCGGGACAGCAGCGUCCGCGGGGACAAGUCUGUGACGAUCCAGGCGCCCGGAGAGCCGCUGCUGGACGCCGAGUCCACCAGAGGAGACGACAGGGAUGACAACUGGGGUGAGACCACCACCGUGGUCACCGGCACCUCCGUGGACAGCAUCUCCAACGAGGACCUGACCCGGGUCUCAAAGGACCUGGAGGAAUCCUCCCCGCUUGAAUGCCGUCGCUUCCUUGGCCCAGCGUUGGGCGCCGUCCUCGGACUCUUUGCCUUGAUCACCCCCCUCGCCUUCCUGGCCCUCCCGCAGCUUCUGUGGCGGGACGCCCUGGACCCUUGUGCCACUCCGUGUGAGGGCCUUUACGUCUCCCUGGCUUUCAAGCUCCUGGUCCUGCUCAUCUCCACCUGGGCACUGUUCCUGCGUCCGCCCAGAGCCACGCUCCCGCGCUUCUUCGUGUUCCGGUGCCUCCUGCUGGCGCUGGUCUUCCUCUUCGUGGCGUCCUAUUGGCUCUUCUACGGGGUGCGGGUGCUGGAGCCGAGGGAGAGGGACUACAGGGGGAUUGUGGGAUAUGCAGCAUCUCUGGUGGACGCACUGCUGUUCAUUCAGUACCUGGCCCUGGUGCUGCUGGAGGUCCGGCACCUGCAGCCCGCCUUCUGUCUGAAAGUUGUGAGGAACACAGAUGGAGCCAGCCACUUCUACAAUGUGGGCCAUCUCAGCAUUCAGCGUGCAGCAGUGUGGGUACUUGAGCAAUACUACAGUGACUUUCCUGUGUACAAUCCAGCCCUGCUCAACUUGCCCAAGUCCAUCCUCUCCAGAAAGAUCUCUGGCUUCAAGGUCUACAACCUGGGGGAAGACAACAGCACCAAUAACUCCACCGGGCAGUCCAGAGCGAUGAUCGCGGCAGCUGCCCGGAGAAGAGACAACUCGCACAACGAAUAUUACUAUGAGGAGGCAGAGCUGGACCGCAGGAUCCGCAAACGCAAGGCCAGGCUGGUGGUGGCAGUAGAGGAAGCCUUUACCCACAUCAAGCGCUUGCAGGACAACGAGCCAGCCACGUCCUCUCCUAAACGCCCACGCGAGGUGAUGGACCCCAGGGAGGCAGCCCAGGCCAUCUUUGCCCCCAUGGCGCGGGCCAUGCAGAAGUACCUGCGCACCACCAGGCAGCAGCCCUACCACAGCAUGGAGAGCAUCAUCAACCACCUGCAGUUCUGCAUCACCCACAACAUGACGCCCAAGGCCUUCCUGGAGCGCUACCUCACCCCGGGUCCGACCCUACAGUACCAAAAGGAGAACAGCAGGGGGCGCCAGUGGACACUAGUGAGUGAAGAGCCGGUGACCGCGGCUCUCCGCCAGGGCCUUGUCUUCUCCCUGAGACGCCUCGACUUCUCCUUGGUCGUCACGGUGACAAACCUCCCCUUCCUGAGGCUGGGUGAGGAAUUCAUCGACCCCAAGAGCCACAAGUUCGUCAUGCGGCUUCAGUCGGAGACGUCUGUGUAGGCGGAGGAGAGAGAGGCCGUGGAAUAGAGAAAGAAGGAAAUGAGAAUCUGACAGCGGAGGUGGAGACGGAAGGAGUAGGAGGAGGUGGAGGAGGCAGCAGGAUAAAUGUUCAAAUGCCACCAUGUCAGUGCACACCUGAUACUGACACCAUAGUUGUUACACAGCCACCUUUCUCGGUUAUUACAUCUGUCACAGGAACAGCUCCCCUUAAAAUACAACGAAAGAUAAUUUCUGACUUCCCCCUAGUGUGUUUUAUCAUCCAGAUAGUUUCUGUGUGAUUUGUUGACGUUUCCAGUUUCUCUCCUCACCUCUCAAGGGCAAAUGGUUUACUGUUUACCAGCAAACUGUAUCUAUCCACCUCUAAUUUGUAGUUGUUUUGAAGAGGGUAGAUACAGUUUGCUGUGCGCUCUAGCAAAAAGUAGUUCCCAUUGUAAAAUUAGAAAUGCUGAUUCACACCGCACUUCUCCCAGCCACGACCACGAGACAGACGAGUGGCGGCUCCCUGUGUUGUUUGACGCAGUUUGCUAAUGCCUCUUGCAACAUUAAAAACACUACUGACUGCGUCUCAUUUUCACUUUACGUUCCCAUACACAUAACAGUUCUUUUUAAAAUCCCCUCUCUUAACAAAUAUUGCUUUUUCCCCCAAGUGUCACUCAAGACUCAUUUCAGGCCAAAACGCUUGAGAGGUUUCUGUUUUAACUCGUUCCCUGCCCGAGCCAAGAUUACGUCUCAGCUGCCGUUCACCUGUACUUCCACUACGCUGGAAACUCCAUCAGGUCAGCAAGCCGAGUCAUCUCUCAUGUCCAACAAACCCCACCAAAAUCCCCCAGCUGGAGAUCGACUCCGAAACACCAGCUGGCCGAGCCGAGAGGCGAUGAAUCGGUUUCGUGUUGUUCUUGGAGUCUGCACUCUUACUGUUUUAAAAAUAAAUUAAGAAAUUUCAACACUGGAUGGACCACUUUAUACACUGAGCAUUGUUUUCAUUUGAUUUGAUUUGAUUUGAUUUUACUUAUUUAAUUUAUUUUAUGUUUCAUGUUUUAUUUAUUUUGUUUUGCUUAUUUA